AUGCUGCAAACAGGCCGAUUGUUAAAAGUAGUCAAGCCCGCUAGGAUAAAGGGCCCUUUUCAGAGAUUUGCCACUACAGAUGCAACCAAUGCCAAAAAGAAGGGCUUCCCUAUAAUCCGAUAUACAUUUACUCUUACUCUAUUGGCCGCUGGUGCUUACGGUGGAGCUGGCUACUAUGCACUACAUGCAAACGACAAUGGCUCAUUCCAAAAGCAGUUUGUCGAUAAUGUUCCCGGUGCAUCCCUCGCUAUCGACGCUGUCAAAAAGCUAGAAACUACUUCUAUCGACGAAAUCAAGGAUACUACUGGUAAAGCUGUCGAAAAUGUAGAAAAAGCUGUCCGUGAUGUACGAGAAGGUAGUGGUAAAGCUAUCGAGACGGUCACCAAAACAUAUGAAAAUGCUGCCAAAUCGGUCGGUGAAAUGUCGGAAUCUGCUGGAAAGACUAUAGAGAGUGUCACGAGAUCUGCUCAAUCUGCCAAGGACAAUGUGGUCAAACAAGUCACGUCCAUUCAGCAUACUGUCGAAGGGUGGACUGAAACUGUACAAGAUCAAUACGAGACUGCUAAAGCCAUGGUCACUGGUCAGCCUAAGCCUGUAAAGGUCGAAAAGACAGUUCCUGUUACAACCACUACCGAUAAAGAUGGUGAUUCUUGGAAGCCUGGUUCUGCUCCCAAACCACGAGAUCCUAUACCAGCUACAGCUGUAGCACCAGUAGUUAAGCCUGUCGAAAAGAAGGAUGCUGUAGAGAAACCAUCUGUAGAACAAGCCAUUCCUGCUGUUGUCAAAGCUGUCGGAGAGGCUGCUACUCAAGUUAAGGAAGAUGUAGAAAAGGUAGUUGCUCCUAUAGUGAAAAAGGAGACAAAAUCGUCUACCAUUACGGAAUCCUCGGUAGUGGUAGCAAAGAAGGACGAGGUGAAGCCUGUCAAACCUGUGAAGGUUGACGAUAUACCAGUAAAAGUAGAGGCAGCCACUAAAGAGCCUUCGAAAGUGCUUCUUGAUGUAGUAGAUACAGUGCCUGCUGUAGUUAAUGCUGCUAUACCUGUAGUGGAAGCCAUCAAGGAAGAUGUCAAAGACGUCGUAAAGGAAGCUGUCACUGUUGCCAAAGAAGUCAUACCAUCAGUAGUCACACCUCCUGGUCCAAAUCUACCUCCUGUAGUAGAUGAAACAAUCAAAAAGGUAGAAGAAACUGUCACGAAGGUAGAAGAGUCUGCAAAGAAGGUAGUAGCUGCUCCGAAACCAUCAAGUGAUGGCUUCCUAUCAACUGAAGAACUGAAGGCUCUUAAAUCUGGAAAGACGCCGUCCGACGAAAAGGAAGAGUCCAAGAAGAAGGAAGUUGUCGAAAAACCAUCAGCCCCAGCAAUACCCGCAACGCCAACACCAAAACCAGUACCAGCAACAGCACCUUCAAACCCUCCCUCUACCACCCCAAAGAGCUUCAAGGAUAUUGAGGAUGCCUUAAAGACCAUUCCAGAGCAACCCAUUGUUAAAAGCCUCACUCGUGUUGUAAACAUAUUGUCAUCCUCCCUAAAUUCUUCACCAACGGUCGUAAACGAUGUCCGUGAUGAACUGCAUGCCAUUGCUGAAUAUGUAAAGUCUCUAAGCAUAGCAGAAGCAGCCAAGCUCAAACAUCAACUAGAAGAACAUGCUGAUAAAUACUCGGAAAUAUUAAGUGAACAUGUUGUUGCUGCUGAAACAGCUCUCAUCGAACAAGCUGCCUCAUUCAAACAAGCUACUGAUGAGAAAGUCAAGGAGGCACUGUCUCGUAUAGAACUUGAACAUGCCGAAAAACUACAACGUGCUUUGAGUGCCCAGAAUGCUGAAUUCAAGGCCACUAUGGUGAAAGAAUUAGCAGCACAAGCCGAAGAUUUAGAACGAUAUUAUAGUCAGGAAGUCAAGACACGAGUAGAUAAAGAACGAGCUGGUCGAUUAGCUAGACUUGAUCAUCUAGCACUCAAACUACACCAUCUAGAACGGAUUGCUUUGAAUGCCGGUGAAGGACUAGAACGACAAUAUAAUGCAACAGCCUUCCGAGCAGCCGUAGAUGUAUUACGCGAUACCGCAUUAGGUGCAGCCAUCCGAACUGGAUUUGCAACUGAAGCAGCAGCCAUUCAGAAUCUAGGUCGCGGACGAGCCUUUGUCGAAACACUACUAGAAUCCAUUCCAAACGAUAUAUGUAAAACAGGUGUUGCCACACUUCCAUACUUGGAAGAUCGAUUCUAUCACGUCAAGGAUGCUGUACGACGAGUGCAACUAGUACCUGAUGAUGCAGGACCGAUAUCGUACAUGCUGUCUGUUGGAUUAUCCUACUUUAUACUUGCUAAAGAGGGUCUAGUGCCCGGUAAUGAUGUUGAAGCUAUCGUGGCAAGAGCUGAACAUUGGAUGCGGGAAGGUGAUUUGGACUCGGCUACAAGAGAGCUUAAUUCGUUGAGAGGAUGGCCUAAACGACUUGCUAAGGAUUGGUUGAAGGAGGCUAGACAACGACUGGAAGUUGAGCAGGUUGUUGAUAUACUUGACGCUCAUACGAGGCUGCAAGGACUUGGACAAUUAUAA